AGGGUGUAGCGGAGAGAGGAAAUGUCUCAUUGUGCUGCUUUGCUAUGCGCAGUUAAGAGUGCCAAAAUCAGCUCUUUGGUCCUGUAGUGAUACGGAAACACACGCAUAGCUUACUUUGCAGUGAGGGCUAAGACAGGAAGGAAAUGGGGAGAGACAGACACAGAGAAAGAGACUGAGAGAGAGAAAGAGAGACAGAGGGGAAAACAGCAGAUUAGGGUCACUGGGGUUUUCCACUGUGUAGGAUCAGAAAAGACAUGAGAAGUAGGUAGGGCAGAGUGAGGAGGGGAAACAUAACUGUAGUCACAGACCGUCCAGACAGCAGAAAGAGAGUCGAGAGAGUCAUAGAAAGAGAAAGGGAAAAGAGAGGGAGUACCUGAGUGAUGCUCUUUGAGCUGAGAUAAGUUUAACAGCCGUCAUUUCAAAGGCAGACCCAGGUUCAGAGGAGGAGUGUACAGAAAGACGCUCGUGCAAAAUCAACACAAAGCUGGAGGACUUGUAAUCGCAUGGGCAACAAAUGGCUAAUCUGAAUUGCUCAAAAGACGAGUACCCCAAUGAAGCUGAUGGAUUAUGCUGUGAUCGCUGUGCUGCAGGACAGUACAUGAAAGAGAGGUGUGGCAGCACACGGCCGAGGACAGUGUGUGCCAAAUGUGGGAAUGGGGGUUACACAGACACCGAAAAUUACUUGUCUAAAUGUCAUCAAUGCAAGACCUGCAGUCACAAAAACAACCAGAGGAAUCUGACGGAGUGUACAGAUAAGGCGAACGCAGUGUGUGAGUGUGUGGAUGGUUUCUACUGUAGCGAUGAUGAAUGUGACCACUGCCUGCUACUGACCUCCUGCCCUAAGGGUAAAGGGGUUGAGGUUCAAGCAACUCGCACAAAAGACGUAAUCUGCGCUCCCUGUCCAGACGGGACCUUCAGCAACGUAUCAGAUUCAUCCUCACCCUGCCGACCACAUACCAGAUGUGAGGACUACGGAAGAGUGUUGAAAACUCCAGGAACACGAGACACGGAUGCCAUCUGUGGCGAAAUCAAAUGUAAUUGUCCCUGGAUAUUACCUGCAGGCCUGUGGUCAGGACUGGUGUUGACUGCACUCAUCCUGCUUGGUCUCAUCUGCUGGAGGGCAAAACGCAAGUCAUACAGAGCAGCUCGCUCCAGUGUUCCUGUCUCUCUGGAUCACAUGGUUCCAGCACCGUUCACUCAGCUGGAGCUGCCUUUACCAUUCACAGACCUGUCCAGUCACUGCCAAGAAAGCUGCCCCGAGGACGGCUGCAAGUUACGACUAUUCAACUCAGAUGAUCAUGUGGUCAGUUGUGUCACACAAGACAGUGUGGGCAGCGUGGACAGCAACCAUCCUAUAACUCCACUGAACGUUUCAGUUUCUUUCAUCGAAUCCAGCCACACCAAUGGAAGUGCUGGAUAUUGCACCAACUUCCACAGGACCCACUCAGAGCCACAGGAGGACGAGUGGGUGCCAUAAUCAAGUAAAUGUUUUUUGUAACGGGACACUGAUGGAGCUGUCCCUCUGCAGCUUGGAGAUGCCUUGACUACUUUUUAGACAUUUAACUGGACCUAUUUAUACCAAAAAACAAGAGAGUAGGGUUUCUUUUUUUAUAUUUCUUUUUUUAAGAGUCAAAGGUGGCUGGCAGUUUGCUGCCCCCUGCAGGACUUUAAUGAGAAGUUCAGCACAAGUGGUAUUUCUGAUAUGUGCUUACAAUGAAACACUGGUGCAGCUCUGUACUUGCUUUCCCUUUGAUGUGAAUUAGUCUUCGGAGCUUCACGAGUGAAACCAGUGCUGUCCGUGGUUUUUAGCUACAGCUUAGUGGUGUCUAUGAAAGAAUAAGAUGUUUCUGUAUUUUUUUUAUUUCAAUCAAAUCCCAUGAAAAGGCCAAAACCAAAAAUGAAUGUGUCCUUCCAACAAAUGUGUAUUCAAAGCCAGAUGUAGCUUAUUAUUUGUGUAAUGGUGCUCCAUUGAUGUCAUCACCAAGAGCAUAGGCAAUGAAGCUUGUCCUGCUGCUGCUGUAUGUUGAUUAAUCCACAGCAGAAAGUAGCACCCAACAAAUACUCUGUUUACUCCUGUUUAAGAAACAUCUGUGAAGACUACAAUAUAGUACAUCUGUGGCUUUUUUAAUGUACACAUUUAUAAGAACAAAUGGGCUCCCUGUCCUACUUCACAAAAACCUGCCUGAGAAUAUGUCACUUUGUAUUUAAUGCUCAAGGUUAAACUUGGUAAUUGCUCCCAGGACAAAUGACUCUGCAGUUGUCACAGGUAAUUAUCAGCUCUAGCUCGAAUUGGCUUUGAUCUGCAGUCAUAGACAUAUGACACCCAGGUGGGAAAGCUCAUUUUCACCCCUUUUCCAGCACGAUACAAUGACACGCCACCACAAAAUACUUACCAAGCAGCACUCAAGCAUUGUUUUAAAAUAGUUGGCACAGAGUUUGAAAGAGACACUUAUAAGUAAUAGAUAAAAUAAACUUUUCCUACACAUUUUCUAAAACAGAAACGAGAUAAUUGCUUUUCAAAACCCUCCACAUCACCUCUUAUUACGGUGGGGAAAGGGUAGGACUGCAUAGGGAGGUCAGAAUUUGAGAGACGGAUGAACCCAUUGUUGGUCUUUUCAUGGGAUUUGCUGAUAUUAAGAAAAAUAUGAGAGAUUUCCUAGCGCUUAUUCUUUAAUGUAAAUGAUGUCUUUUGUAAUUAUAAUUUAAAGGAAAACUAAUUUAACUUAUUUUUUUCCAACCCCACUGACUCAUGUUGAGAAUUGUGCAUGAGAACUGGUUUAAACCAAGAAAUGUCUUCUUGUAAAAGUACAUUGUAAUGAGCAAUGAUUUUCAGUAUUUAUAAAACUGUGUACUGUCUUUUAAAAUAUGCUGACACACACACACACACACACACACACACACACACACAAGUUGGAUAAUGAUGUGAUGAAUUAAAGAUGCAGCAGUGAUGUC